AUGGCUCAGGUGCGAGCAGAAUAUGACUUCGAAGCGCAGCCGAAUUCCGGUGAAAUGACGAUAGCCGCUGGAGAGAUUUUGACGGUUAUUAGAGAGAACAUUGACGGCGGAUGGAUGGAAGGUCGAAACGUGCGUGGCUCCGUGGGUCUCUUCCCAGAAACCUACGUGACCCCCUAUCAAGCGUCUCGUUCGAUGCCACCGGUAAACUCACUUUCAGAAAGAAAGAAAAUUCUAUUUUGA